AUGGAUCAGGUCAAAGAUCAGUUGGAGGCAGUGAAGACCGGUAGGGGCCGUUCUUUGCGUUUGGCCCAGGAGCGAGUGGGACAGUGGAAGGAAGCCCAACGGCAGAAGAAGCUCCAAUUAACAAAAAAAUCUCAUCAGAUACGUCUGGAUCUGCCAAUACUACUGGAGACAGGGGGCAACAAUGAACUGAAGACUCGAGAUGAACUGAUCCAGGAACUGCAGAAGGAAGUGACUGAGGUCAGAGAUCAGUUGGAGGCAGUUGACACCAGUCGGAGGCGUUCUUUGAGUUUUGCGCGGGAGCGAGUGGAGCAGUGGAAGAAAGCCCAACGACAGAAGCAGCUCCAGUUAGCAGAGAAAGCUUGUCAGAUAACUCCGGAUCAGUCAAUGCUAUUAGAGACAGAGGGCGACAAUGAACUGAAAGCUAGAGAUGAACGGAUCCGGGCACUGCAGAAGACCAUGGAUCAGGUCAAAGAUCAGUUGGAGGCAGUGGAAACAAGUAGGAAACGUUCUUUGCAUUUGGCCCAGGAGCGAUUGGAGCAGUGGAAGAAAGCCCAACAACAGAAGCAGCUCCAGUUAGCAGAGAAAGCUUGUCAUAUACCUCUGGAUCAGCCAAUACUAUUAGAGACAGAGGGCGAGAUACAACUGACAGCUGGAGAUGAACGGAUCCGGGCACUGCAGAAGGAAAUAACUGAGGUUAAUGAUCAGUUACAGGCAGUGGAGACCAGUCGGAGGCGUUCUUUAGGUUUGGCUCGGAAACGAGUGGCACAAUGGAAGAAAGCCCAAAAACAGAAGCAGUUCCAGUUAGCAGAGAAAGCUUCUCAGAUUCCUCUGGAUCAGCCAAUACUAUUAGAGACAGAGGACGAGAUACAACUGAAAGCUGGAGAUGAACAUAUCCAGGCACUGCAGAAGGCCAUGGAUCAGGUCAAAGAUCAGUUGGAGGCUGUUGAGACCGGUUGGAGGCGUUCUUUGGGUUUGGCCCGGGGGCGAUUGGAGCAAUGGAAGAAAGCCCAACGACAGAAAUCUUGUCAGAUACCUCUGGAUCAGCCAAUACUAUUACAGACAGAGGGCGAGAUGCAACUACAUGCUAGAGAUGAACGGAUCCGGGCACUGCAGAAGGAAGUAGCUGAAGCCAAAGAUCAGUUACAGGCAGUGGAGACCAGUCGGAGGCGUUCUUUAGGUUUGGCUCGGAAACGAGUGGCACAAUGGAAGAAAGCCCAAAAACAGAAGCAGUUCCAGUUAGCAGAGAAAGCUUCUCAGAUUCCUCUGGAUCAGCCAAUACUAUUAGAGACAGAGGACGAGAUACAACUGAAAGCUGGAGAUGAACAUAUCCAGGCACUGCAGAAGGCCAUGGAUCAGGUCAAAGAUCAGUUGGAGGCUGUUGAGACCGGUUGGAGGCGUUCUUUGGGUUUGGCCCGGGGGCGAUUGGAGCAAUGGAAGAAAGCCCAACGACAGAAAUCUUGUCAGAUACCUCUGGAUCAGCCAAUACUAUUACAGACAGAGGGCGAGAUGCAACUACAUGCUAGAGAUGAACGGAUCCGGGCACUGCAGAAGGAAGUAGCUGAAGCCAAAGAUCAGUUACAGGCAGUGGAGACAAGUCGGAGGCGUUCUUUGGGUUUGGCCCGGGAGCGAUUGGAGCAAUGGAAGAAAGCCCAACAACAGAAGGAAAGAUUGGGCCACCGGUACUACUGGACCUAUCAGUACAUUUAG